AUGGGAAGCCGCGGAGCCAACCGAGGCAAGGAAACCUCUCGAGCCAGCCAGGGCGUGGAUUCCCGACGGGCUGGCAUAGGCACCCCCGGUUCCAUCCGCGGCGGAAUCCACCCCGACGUCACCAACAAAACAAAAAAAACUCCUGGACCGGCUGGGCGAACAACAACUGACGAUCUGGCUGAGGCCCGACGUGGGAUGGGCGCCAUCCGAGCCAACCCGGGAAAGGAAACCUCUCGAACCAUCUCGGGACCUUCUUGUUCAGUCAACAACAAUCCUCGUCAUAUUUAUGUCCCUGGGGACGUUGUUGUGGGGGGACUUUUUCCUGUUUACCUGCAGGUGAAAAUGAACGGAUCCAUGAUUCCUCCUCAAAAGACUUGCAUUGACUACGACGUGCAGAUGUUCCUCCGAUCGCAAGUGAUGAUUUAUGCCAUCCAAGAGAUAAACAGGUCUCAGAUGUUGCCCAAUGUGAGUGUCGGAUACGAAAUAUACGACACCUGUGGGGAUGUAACAAAUGCCAUCAGAGCAACACUGAGCAUGAUGGAGGACAUCCAGGGGCAGGGGGUGAAGCCUACUGUAACCAAGCCACAUGUUAAAGUGGUAAUUGGGGAGCGGUAUUCAGAGAAGUCAAUAGCUGUUGCCCGUCUACUAGCUCUACCUUUAGUGGCUCAGAUCAGUUAUUCAUCAACAAGUGAGUUGCUCAGUAGGAAGUGCAAGUUCCCCUCGUUUCUGCGAACGGUCUCCAGUGAUGAGCAUCAGACCAUAGCGAUCGCUGAGUUGGUGAAGCAUCUCACCUGGGAGAGCGUGGGAGUGAUAGGCAGUGACGAUGAGUACGGCAAGUAUGGCGUCGAGAAGCUGAUCGAUCACUUCAAUGACAGGAAACUGUGUGUGGACUUCAAGGAGAUCCUAUCAGCAAACUUUUUACUCAACAGGACCAGAACGCAAACAGAAUUGGCCAUGCUCAUGUCAAAGAUUCGCAAUUCGUCUGCCGAGGCUAUUGUCAUUUUCACAGCUGAAUUGAAUGUUAGGAUCAUCCUCAAAGAGGUCCUUAGAAUGGGGAUCAGCAGAAUUUGGAUCGCAUGUGACACUUGGUCCACCAACAAGGAGCUUUCCGAAAUAGCCGAUAUUCAAAAGGUUGGGAGGGUAUUUGGAUUCAUUCCUAAGAGAAACAAGGUGCCAGGUUUUCAUGACUACGUCCGUGACUCUAUGUUCCAAAAUGAAAGUGUGCUGAACUGUACAUUACCCGACACCAAAUCCCAGUCAGAGUGUGGUGGAAGGACAUGCCUGGACAGAAGGUGCUUAUUGAAGUACAUUGACGAGGAUGAGUCUUAUUACAUCUAUCUAGCGGUCAAAGUCGUUGCUCAGGGGCUGAGAAGCCUGCUGAACUGCAACAAUCUUCUUGAGGAACUCAAGCGGGUUGACUUCAUAGUGGACAAUACCACACACAUAGCUUUCGAUGAAGAUGGUGACCCUACUACAGGAUAUGACGUCGUAGAGUGGAACAUGUCGGUUUCAGAAAAUCGGAUAAUAACCGUUGGAGAGUAUAUGCCUAAUGAACCCAUCCGCAUCAGAGAGCAUCUCAUCAGAGAGUUUGAAAAUGUUACAGUGACUUUUGCCAACUGCUGUAAGAAGUGCGUGGCCUGUCAUCCACAAAGUGAGUACACAUCCUCAGACAUGGACAGAUGUUUGAAGAAAACCAUUGAGUACCUGGGGUGGACUGACGCUUUCACCAUUGUUCUGGUCUCAUUUAAUGUCUUGGGGAUUGUUGUCAGCCUUCUGGUGGCCAUUUUGUUUGCCGUGGAUCGAAGAACACCCUUAGUGAAAUCCACUGGAGGCUACCUCAGCUUCCUGGAGCUGCUGUCCCUGCUGGCUUGCUUCUGCUGUAUCAGUAUGUUCCUUGGGGAGCCGACAAAGACCACCUGCCUGGCGCGUCUCCCACUCUUCGGCAUGGCCUUCACUGUCUGCGUUUCCUGCAUCCUGGCCAACCUGCUCCAGAUCUUCGUGGGCUUCACUUUCGAUCUGAGGGUUACAGUCGGCAACACACUGAAGCGCCUCAACCGACCCAUCGCCGUGGUAACGUGCUGCUCGGCGGUCCAGGUGGCCGUGUGCGUGCUGUGGCUGACCUACGCCCCACCGUUCAUUGUCGAAAGCAGCAGGUUCGACGAGGCCACCAUCCUUCUGGAGUGCAACAAAGGUUCCAAAACGCUCUUUGGCGCCAUGUUGACUUACAUUGCCCUGCUGGCAGUGGUCUGCUUCCUAUUUGCGUUCAAAGGGAAGCAGUUGCCAGAUUUGUAUAAGAACGCCAGUUUUGUCUCCAUCAGCAUGAUGAUUUUCCUGGUGGUUUGGAUCGUCUUCAUCCCUGUCUACAUCAACAUGUCGGGGAAGUACCAGCAGGCCAUCGAGGCGGCGGCCAUAUUGGUGUCCAAUUACAGCAUCCUCUGCUGUCACUUUGUUCCCAAGUGCUACAUCAUGCUCUUCAGGAAGGAGCUCAACAACCAGAAUGCCAUCACAAAUUACAUCCGGAAACACUACGAAAAGAAGGGCAUGGCUGUUGUCAACAAAUAG